AUGGCUCCCGAGAGCAGUCACAGCGAACGCCCCCCAUCCAAUACCGUAAUCCCAGCUCUUCUUGCGGUUCCAGGCACCGAAGGGUUUCCCGACAGUCCGUGGUUCAUGGUUGCUGACGGCGAGAGUCUCGCCGACGUCUUCUUCGGCUGGAUGGCGUCGGUUGAUUCGUGUAGGAGAAACGAGAUGCUGGAACUCUUUCACCGCUUCGUCAGCACGCAAGACCCAGCCAACAUGCCCCUGGUUCUUAUCGACAAACUGCAACGCAUCGCAACUCAGCUGAAGGCUGGGUGCGAGAGACUGACACCUACCUGCACCUGCGUUCCGACCUGCCAGGCCGUUGUCGUCUCCCCUCUCCCAGGUCCCGUUUACUGCCAGCUUAGCAGGGGGCCGGGCCGCAAGACUUGGCAGGGCUCCGACAACUGGCACUUUGAUCGAGCGUUCGAUACGUCCGCCGAUGUCUUGGGGUGGAUCAUUGCCCGCCUCAAAGAGUACUAUUGGCACCACAGCAUGCUUCACCCUCGCGCCGAGUUCCCGGUUCAGGUAGGUGGGCCCGUGCAGACGCACUUUGGCCCAGUUCCCUGGACCCUCGACUCGACGCCUCACUCCGACGACAACCCGCACACCAGCCUUGCGGUGACUCCCCUCCCCAAACUGUCAACUACAGGGAUGGUCAUCGAGCUCGUGCAUUAUGACUGGCCGAGUGAAAUAAAGGAGCUGGACUUGAGAAGGAAGUGGCUAUCAUACCUCCACAGGUGCGCCGCCCCUGAGGCUCUCCUCAUGGACUUUCCUCCUCUGUCCUGCUCUCUGCUGAGCAUCAUGGACGAGCCUGAGUUUGACGAGGAUGUCGCAUGGGUGUUGUGGGGAAACUACCGCCGUUGUGAGAUCAUCAUCACUAUGCUGGGAGGAUGGAAAGCGAAUGGACUGUCGGUACCGGAGGAGAUGGAGGACGACCAACCCGUCCGGCUAAGGGAGGUGAACGGGCUCACGGUUGUGUACUUUGCACUCCCUACAGGUGCGAGGCGCAGACUGCUCCAGCCACCUCGGCUACUGGAGAUGAUGUAUAGCGACAUUCUUAGGCAUCGUCUCCGUUGGUUGCUGCCACAGAAGCAUUUUUAG